AAAUCUCUAUGCAAAACUUGUAGCCAAGCUACUUAUUAAUAUAAGGACUGCCUUAAAAACUAAUAUUAUGAUUAUAACCAAUUUGGACUUAAAAGAAUUGCUAAUAGAAACAAAAGCUUUACAACAAGCUUUGCAAACUAAUGCUAUUAAAUAUAACUUUGUAUAUACUAUAGACACUUUAAUUCCUUAUAAGAAAUAUAUUUUAGAAAAGACAGAUACUAUAAAUGAGGACCCUAAUACGUGA